AUGUUUGACACACACAGAACAGAGCCUCAUCCGCUGCUCGCGCAGGUUCCCUUGACUGUCUCUCCCUUUCUGUCGUUGCCGACUGCUGUGACGCUGCCUUACACCUUUCGAUCUGUGCCCACGUCGCUUCCUCCUUCCAUCAUUGCUGAAAACGGGCCCGGAAAGCCUAAAUAUGUCACUUCUUCCUCCGGCCACACUGCCCACCCAGAUGAUAUUAUCAGUUCCUGUAAAGCCCUCCAAGAGCACCUCAAAAAGACCGUAGGUGCUGCAGAAAAAGCCAUCAAAGAGUGGGAGCAAGAUAUAAAAGAUCGAGAUCUCGCAGAGAAACGGAGAGUCGCGCCCGGCUGGUUGGACCGUGAAGAGAAGAUACUGGAGCCCACAAAGGCAUCCUCGAAGACAGGGACAGAUCAGAAUCUGCUGGAUGGCCAGCCCGUAAAUGUCAUAUCCGCACCCGCAAUGUCACCCAGUCGUGAAGGUGAAGAACUAGAUCGAGCUUUUGGUGGUCUCGGUCUCAAAUGA